GGUCAGCUCGCAAGAUGCAGAAUCUCACGUGCGCUUCUUUCCCUCGGUCCUCAGUCGAUGAGGAAAUCGAAUUUUUGUUUGUGGGUCCUCUUUGUGAUUGUGAAGCUCGGAGGGCGAGGCCUCUCCGUCACUUGGAUUUGAGGUAUAUAGCAUUACUUGAAGUGCGAGGGAGAUGGUGCCGGGAUUUUAGAGAGGUGGCGAAUUGCAACUACUCCAUGGUCUGCCUGAGUGUUUCUGUAUACAACGUGUCGUGAGUGCUGAGGGAGGAGACGAUGGAGUGCCUUGUUGGCCAUGAUGCUGUUCGCUGUGCCAGCGGUUGGAUUAGGGGAGCUGUAAUGACAGAAAGGCACCAGUGGAGCCGUGCGAAGGAUUGCGUGUUCUUCAAAAGCAGGAAGGGCGGCCAUUUGAAGCAAUUUGGAAAUAUUGGCGGUUGUGCCCGAGCAUCGGUGAAUCCUGUCAUUUCCUGCACAGCUUUGCAGACAGCGGUAGAUGUACCACCUUCUGAAGAACGAGAGACUACCCCAGGGCGUUCGCAGUUUCUGGAGGCUGCACAAAGAGGUAACGUGGUGCCGGUAUAUCGGCGCAUAUUUUCCGAUCAUCUUACACCUGUGUUAGCAUACCGAUGCUUGAUUAAAGAGGACGACAGAGAUGCUCCGUCUUUUCUUUUCGAGUCAGUUGAAAAUGGAAAAAGCAUCAAUAUGGGAAGAUACAGUAUAGUCGGAGUUCAGCCCUCAUUGGAGAUCAUUGCGAAGGAGGAUCGUAUCAUCAUAUUAAAUCACGAGAAGGGUACCCGUGAGGAGAAGCAAUCUGACGAUCCCUUAAACGAGCCUCAAGAAAUUGCAUCAAAGUGGAAUCCGGUUAAAAUUGAUAGUAUUCCGGAUAUUUUCUGUGGUGGAUGGGUUGGUUACUUUUCGUAUGACACAGUAAGGUAUGUGGAGAAAAAGAAGCUAGCCUUUUCAUCAGCACCCAAAGAUGACCGAGGUCUACCUGACAUCCACCUGGGACUAUACAACGAUGUUCUGGUUUUCGAUCAUGUGACGAAGUUGCUGUACGUUUUACAUUGGGUGCAUGUAGACCAAUUCGAUAGCCUCGAGUCUGCCUUUGAAGACGGGUGUAAAAAACUUGAUCAUUUAGUGGCUCGUCUUCAAGCCCCUGAAGGGGUUGAACUUCCAAGUGCAUCUGUGGAAAUGUCCGUCGAAAAAUAUGGCCAAAGUGCAACUAAAUCAAAUUUUACUCCCGAGCAAUUUAAGGAUUCUAUCUUGCAAGUGAAGGAGCACAUAUUGGCUGGUGAUAUUUUCCAAUUGGUUCUGAGCCAGAGGUUUGAAAGACGAACAUUCGCAUACCCUUUUGAGGUUUACAGGGCUUUGCGCAUCGUAAAUCCUAGUCCAUAUAUGAUUUACCUUCAGGCACGGGGUGCCAUCAUGGUUGCUUCUAGUCCCGAGAUACUUACCCGCAUUUCUAAGGGAACUGUUGUGAACAGGCCAUUAGCAGGAACGCGUAAGCGAGGGAAGACUCCAGAAGAAGACAUGGCAAUGGAAAGGGAUUUAUUAGGAGAUGAGAAAGAAUGUGCGGAGCACGUCAUGCUUGUCGAUCUAGGUCGCAAUGAUGUUGGAAAGGUUUCUAAGGCAGGAACGGUGAAGGUUGAAAAAUUUAUGGAGAUUGAGCGGUAUUCACACGUGAUGCACAUCAGCUCCACGGUGACAGGAGAGCUAUUGGACGAGCUUUCUAGCUGGGAUGCACUACGAGCAGCGUUACCAGUCGGUACUGUCAGCGGGGCUCCUAAGGUCAGGGCAAUGGAGCUGAUUGACGAGCUAGAGCCAACGAGAAGAGGCCCUUACAGUGGUGGCAUUGGCGGUGUCUCCUUCACUGGGCAGAUGGAUAUCGCACUAGCCCUACGUACUAUGGUGUUCCCAACGCAGAGAAACGAUGCAAUGUAUUCCUACAAAGAUGCGAACAGCCGAAGAGAAUGGGUGGUGCACCUACAGGCUGGUGCUGGAAUUGUUGCGGACAGUGAUGCUGAGAGCGAGUACCUGGAGACAAUAAACAAGGCUGCUGGGCUUGCUCGUGCAAUUGACCUCGCGGAAGCUGCUUUUUGCAAGACCAUCACCUGAACGAUUUAUUAGAUUUCACAAUGAAAUCUUUAACAUCCGGACUUGAUUGUAGAAACAGUAUGUUCUACAUGAGAUAUGUGCAGGAGAUAUGUAAAUGUCUAAUUCGUAUAGUAUAAUGUGAUAUUAUGUACGAUGCGAUUCUAUAUUUCCACUCUGUGAUACAUGAGAUAUGUCGACUAUGCAUUUUAACUAGAUUAAUUUAUAUCAACCAACGUUACGAUCA